AUGGCGCCGACAAAGCGUAAAGCUGUGUCGCUUGACACGAAGAUGGAUAUUUUGCAGGACUCUCGACGCGGGUUCAAGGUGAGCGCCCUUGUGAAGUAUGAGCUCGCCCAGUCGACGAUAUCAACCAUCUUGAAAACCGGGAGCACCGCGAUUGUGAAGGCAGGAGCUAUCAGCGGCCAUGCCGAUCAGCGGAAAGGGGUUAGAGACCCUUUGUACGCCGAUGUUGAAGAGGCGCUUUACCAGUGGUUCAUCACAACCCGCGCACAUAAUGUGCCUAUUAGUGGGCCAAUACUUGCCACCAAAGCGAAAAACUUCGCUUUUCUUCUGGGAUGGCCAAAUUUUGAGCCUGGGGGAGGCUGGAUUCAGCGCUUUAAAGAGCGGCACGGAAUCGUUUACAAAAACGUGGUAGGGGAAGCGGCGUCUUUGGACAUGCAGGCAAAGCAGCAGUGGCUGCAGACAAAGCUGCCCGGCGUGCUGGAGCGCUACUUAGAGAAGGACAUAUAUAAUUGCGACGAAACUGCUUUGUUUUUUCAAAUGUUGCCGUCGAAGACUCACGCUCUUAAAGGAGAUCGAUGCCCCGGCGGGAAGCACUCGAAACUUAGGGUGACCGUGUUGCUGUGCGUUAGCAUGGACGGGAGCCAUCGUCUCAAUGCAGACAGUGCUGCCUCAUUCUGCGAUGAGGUCACCGACGAGGCGAUUGCCGAAGAUGUGCUGUCUCGACAGACGGCAAAGUUGUGCGACGGUGGCGAUGGCAGCAGCGACAGUGACAACGUGAUUGGCAGUGGCUCCUUGACCCCGACCACGAUGUCCACGCAAAGUGCACUGUCGUCGAUCGAUUCCUUAAUUGAUUUUAUGCAUGCCAAAGGAUUGCCGCCAUUGUUCGCGCAGCAGCUGGAAUCCAUGCACACCGCGGUUGUGAAGCUGAAGCUGCCGCAAAAGCAAGUGCAGAUUUCGGACUAUUUCGGCGCGCCUAACCCUUGACAUGGUCAUUGGCGCUACAAAUAAAGUUUGUUUUUCACAGCCGACUUUCUACAUCAUCUAUUCCUUAGAGCAAGUAGCGAAUUCGAGUUCGGAGCUGCAAAGGUAUGUUCCACGUUGUUUUUUUUAUAACUGCAGUCCAGAUAUAGCGAUCAUCGGUUAUAACGAUCAUAUUUUUCGUCUUUCUCGAUAUCGUUAUAAGUGGACUGCACUGUACC